AAGAAACGAUUGAGCAAUAGUAGUUUAAGUGCUGCCGUCUGAAAAUACAUAAUCUAUGCACGUAAAAUGUUAUUUUACAUCUGAUCAAGAUCGACAACUGUAUAAACCCCCAAACUUUGCAGUAGGCAUCGUCUGGAUAAGUAAGUACUUCCUGGUUAAGAAGUGUGGAGACAAUUGAACCAGUUGGUUUGGUGAAUUCCGGGUUAACUUUUGCUGUGAAUUACUUAAAUUGUUUGGCAAAAUGAUACGAACGGAUUACUUCAACAUGAUCUCACAAAUUUUCAAAGACGUUGUUCCUGUCAUCACCAGCGGGAUUAUCACAGUGGUCCUUUUAUCGUGUGUUUUGUUUGGUAUCCAAACGUACUUCAGCUUAACUCAGGGGAUCUUCAGCGUUGGCGCCGCUGUUUUUCAAAACGGACACAUCCACCGGCUUCUCAUGCACCCUUUUUAUCACAAAACUUUUGCUCAGCUUCUCCUGAACAUCGUAGCCCUGGUGGUUCUCGGUGGCAGCUUGGAGAAAGGUGUCGGAACGGUCCGGUUCCUGUUCCUGUUCCUGCUGCUGUCCACCACCACCGGCUUGUUUUUCAGCUUCCUGGAGCUUCUGCAGGAUGACAGUAGCCGGGCUCCCACCGAAGGCUUGGUCCCUGUGGCCCUGGCCUGUGUGGCUCUGACUACCAUGCACACAAAGAUGACUAAAGGAUUCCUGUGCGGAGUCAGUUUCCCCACCAUGGCGCUCCCUUGGGUGUUUCUCGUGACCACCACUGCCCUCGUUCCGCACUGUGUGCUUCUCUGUAAUGUCAUUGCAAUCCUGACUGGGUGGAUGUAUGGGAAAGGAUGGCUCUCUUUUCUGAGCAUGUCUGAGGCCAGGGCUGGCGUUCUGGAGAAGAUGAUGCCUUUCAGGUUGUUGAAGAACAUCAGCGGUGUUACGUUUGUCCCUUCGUCCACAGAGGAGAGGAGGAAGACCCUGCUUCCACGAAUCAACCCAACACCUGGGUCUUACCCGGUCCAGGCUUAUGCUCCAUUAUCCAGCAUCAACAUUGCUGAUACGGGAGCCAUGGUAUAUGAAGGCUGGCCCAAUUCAACCAGUGCUCUCUCUGGUCCCACACCACCUGUUCAUCUUCAUGGGCAUGGGUCAACACAUAGCUUUGGGCUAAGUCACGGUCAUAGCUGCAACCACAGCCACAACCACCAUGCUCAUAGUCAUGUUCAGCUCUAGUUCAUACACUUGAUUGCUUUACAAAACUCCAAAUAUGCAGAUAAGUCAUAUUCUAUUAAAACUGCUUUAUUUGCCUCUCCUGAACCAUAAUAAGGUGAUGGUUAACCUACACCAUCUCUUGUCCUUGAGUUGUGUGGAUUACAAUGUCAAAUAUUUGGGAGAGAAACAAACCGUCAACUGACAAUGUGCUUUAAGCUACCGUUUGUGGAGUCUCUGCCUUCUUGAAUGAACAAAUUACAUUUCUCUGAAUGUUUAAAUGUUUUGGCUGACUUUUCUACAUACGUUUAAAUGUUACAUAGUGUCUUUUGUAAUAUUUGUUAUUUCUACAAAAUAAAUAUGUAUAUAAAGUAUAAAAUCUCCAUACCAAAACUCUAUAAUUCACAUGCAGAAAACCCCAAUUGUUGCAGAAAGGUAGUUGUGUGCACAACCUGUCCUCUAUUUAUGCCCGGUUCAAGAUAAAAUGGUGAGUAUCCACAAAUUGGUAAACUUUAUUAGAGUGGAAAAAAGUAAUGUUUCAACCCAACCAGGUCUUAAUCAGGUAUAACAGUGUAUGGAUUCAAAACUAAUUGCACACUGCUGAUGUCAUGGUCAAGUAAUCAAACAAAAAAUAUGAAAUACAGUACACCAAAAUCCUGUUUCUGGUCUAUGUGGUGAUGCAGUGUUAUGCUGUGGUACUCCUUUCAAAAAUAUUUGUAAAAUAUAUUGAAAUAUGUAUUAUUGUUGUCAUCCUUACAACUUUUUUGCAACUAUUUCAAUUUUUGAUAAUGCACCUUCUGGGCUGUAUAGUGUAGUUUGUGUCACUUGAUCAUGAUGUCAGCAAGAUGUCUAAUUGGCCAUUUUAC